AUGUUGAAACUCAAUGUAUUCGUAAUAUAAAAUGUUAUUGUUAAAUUUGUAUUUUAUUAUAAAAUUACCUAGAAAAUUAGAAUGUAAACAGACAGAUUUGUAAGCUACAUUAGUAUUGAGAGAGAAUGA